AUGAGCAAGACGAGCAAGAAAGCACUCGAUAUCAUCAUUGUGGGCGCGGGCUUGGGCGGGCUCACAGCUGCUGCGUACUUAAAAACAGCGGGACAUCGUGUGACGGUGAGAGCGAGGGUUGCAAUCUCCGCGCUUUGGACGAACGAGGGAAUGGCUGUACGACUGACGAAUUUCUCCGAACUGCACGGGUACAAUCGAUCUUACGGAGAUCGUUUGCAGGUCCUAGAAAGGAGCGCGAGCUCACUGGGUCAGUCUGAACCGACGGCGGAUUUCGGUCUGUCCAUCGUAGCGAAUGCGGUGCACCUUUUAUUUGCGUUGGGCGUAUCCGAACCCAAUUUGAAUGGUGUGGAAUUCACACAGAUGUGGGACCUGACGCCCGACAAUCAACUCAAGGCUAGCGUGCCUUUCAAUACGAGGAAAAUGUUUGGCGCUCCUACGCUGUUGAUUCGUCGAUCUCGUCUGGAAAAGGAAUUGCUCAGGAUUGUCAAUUCGGACGAAGAUUCAACGGAUGAGAAGACGGGCGGACGGGGAACAGUGGACCUGAUGUGGAAUGCAAAGGUGGAGAGUGUGGAUGUGGACAUUGGAAACGUCGUACUGCGCGAUGGGACGAGCAGAUCUGCGGACCUCAUCAUCGGUGCAGACGGCGUCAACUCUGUAGUCCGCAAAGCCAUUCUUGGUGAACGCGCUCAACCGCAAUUGCACGGUGAGUCAGCGCUGGUGGAACAUGCCUCGGCGAUGCCUGGCUGACUGGCGUCUACUCCAUCGAAACGGUACAGGUCUGCUCGCGUACGUGGCACACGUAUCUGCCGCACACUUGGCCUCCCUACCUCAGACGCGAUUUGCAGUAGAGGAUGCCGGAAAAAGAGGACUUGCGUUUUGGAUGAGCAAUCCUUCGGCGCCAGUGAGGUAGAUCGGCAGCACCGAGGAAGAGGUGUGGUGUAGCUUACUCGCUUCUACUAUUGCUCUCGCUCAAAUUCCCCAACCCCGCUCUCCGCUGCAGUACCGCGUGGUCUUGUACCCUUACUCUCCAGAAGCCUUCAACAUCAUCUGUAUUCUUCCAGACGAGCGUUGGGCGUCCACCUUCGCCGCUCAAAAACAAGCAAGCCUUUCAGACGUACCCGCAAAGAUUCUCAAGGAAGAGCUGGAGAAGCAAGGUUUUGCCGAGGAGAUUGUGCAGCUUGCUACGGAGCACGGGAGUGCCAUCUGUGCUUGGAGGCUGAGGACGCUGCGACAGAUGCCUUGUCAGGAGUGGCACAAGGGCAAAGCUGUGCUUUUGGGAGAUGCUGUACAUGCGGUCAGUAGGUUUCGCAGGAUGCACGAGCGCGUGGUGACAGCUGAUUGUGAAGUGCUUCAUCUCUCUCGCCCUUCUCCCAGCUCACCCCGCAUCUGGGCCAAGGCGUCAACAUCGCUAUAGAAGGUGAGUGGUCUAAGCGCGCAUCUUCAACAGCGCUUGUUCCGAUGUCCUCAAAAGACCUGGCCGCAUCGAUUCUUCAUCCUCCAUUGACCUGCUCAACCCGACUUUUUGAAAGAUGCCGAAGCGCUCCAUUACUUUAUGAGCAGAAGCGACGGGUCGACGAAGUCUUUGAAGCUUGCCAUGGAGCAGUACGCAGCUCUCCGAGCUCCACGAGUACACAGAAUCCAAUGGCGCAACCUGCAAGCCGCAGGAUUGCUCUCGGAGGAUGAAAAGGCGAAGCAUGGACCGAUCGAUAGGCAAGAGUUUGGGAAAGAGACGUACGCUUAUCAGGGAGCUGAAAAGGAGCUUUUGAAAAGGAAUAAAAUCGAAAUGUCGUUUUGA